UGGAGACGUUUGGAGUUGCUCAGUUGCUCGGUUUCUUGGGAUUAUUUCACAUAUUUCCCAUUGGCACUCCUCGGCGCGUGUUAUUCAGUGUUUUGUUUGUGUUACCCAGCUCGCGUUGCCCCUAGAAAUAUUUGAAAUAUCGCGCAAUGGCCGCUUGCAGUGUGCAGAAUUGAAUCCGCGGCGGAUAUCUCGGGCACUCCGGCUCUACGGAUUCCGGAAUUUUGUGCAAGUUCUUUGGGGCCAGAGUGAAAUGAAAGCUGGCAAAAGUGAAACGCCCACAAGAAAAUCGGCGAGGUGCUGUUGCUGCUGCUGCUCUUGAAAGAAUCUAGCCAAACCACUUGGCCAAUUCCACAUACAUACACGACACUCACUCACACACUGCCAACAAAUUGGUAGAAGCGAAAUUUCACCCAAGAACAGGCUCCAAAAUCUUCGAUAGCCUGGCUAAUACUUUGAUUUCCGUUGGGAUUAAAUCGAGCUAUCGCUAGCUUUUGAUGGGGCAACAUCAUCACCAUCACCAUCUUCGCUGGCCGAGAACGUGAUCGCCUUCAGGCCGAGAUCGGAGUGAGCCAGCGCCGUCAUGGCGAUGUCACCUGUCUUGGAUGCGGCAGCCAUUGCCGCUCGCCGUGAUCUCAAUGGGAAUAAGACGGCAGCAUCAACACGAACGCGCUCUGGAGCCUCAUCGGCUACGAAUUCGCCGCGUAAAUCGAAAAAGACUAUAAUUAAUUGGCUGGUGAACAGCAGUGGCAACAGCAGUGCUGAUAGUGAAAACAAUAAUCCCAAAGCAAAUACCAAUCCGAAUCCGAAUCCAAAUCAAAAUCCGAGCGCGAAUCAAAAUUGCAGCUGUGAAUCGCGCGCCUUUCGCGAUUUCCGCGGUGUGCAAACUCUGCGUUUGCUGUGGAGCAAGCGCAUCAAGAGUGCCAGCGAGGAAGCCUCUGGCCCCGGCACCCACUCCCACUACCACUCCAACUCCUCCUCCUCGCUGGGCACCUUGAAGAAGCUGAACAAGAGCGUCAGCUGUCUGGUGAACGCCUUCAACAACUCAAGGGAUUGUGGAACACCGGAAAAAUCGUUGGCCAAACGCGCCGCCAGUUUGCAUAAUCUUCAGGAAACAAACACCAGAAAUCUUCAGCUGCAAAGGGAAAAGGAUAAUUUCUACAAGUACAAGAACGCCGAGCAGGCCAGGAUGCGGGCCAAAAUGAGGAGCGACCACAGUGAGGCCAGUGAAAAACGUUUAAAAAGUGACGACAGCACCAGCUCACCUGCCAUGGCAGUCUUAUCAGCUGCAGAUAAGGUGGAACCAGAGGUGGAGGAGGUGGCAGUGGAGAAUGAAGAGGAGGAGGAGGAGCAGGUCGAACUGCGGGCCAAGCAAGAGCGUAAUAGCGGCGAGCAUUUCAGUCUCAGCGCGGCGAGCGCCCUUAACGGCGGCGGCGGCAGUAGCGAUUCUGUGAACACCGCCCACUCUCGCGCCUCCCCCUCAAUCUCUUCCAGCGUCACAGCGACGUCAUCGGGCACAGGCCGUUCCGGGGGUCGACGCAAAUAUAGCUUUAAAACGCACGCCGGCAAGUCAUAUCUCCAGCACCAUCACUCAUCGCGACGGAUUAGCAGCAUGGAGUUGACGCACAGCUCCAGCUCUGGCGGCGGCGGCGGCGGUGGCAUCAGUCUGGUGGCCAAACUGACGCAGCAGUUUAACGAGAUCAUCCAGAAGGAUGCCCGACUCCUGGAGCAGGUCAAGCGGAACAAUGGCGUGUGGCUGUCACGCGGCACUCAUGUCUACAAGAUUGUGGAAAAGCAACCCGCCGCCGAGUCCAGCGAGGAGGGUAGCCGCAUCUCCAUGGUUCAGCGAAAUAUCAAAAAGUUUGAAAAGCUGGAGAAGCCCAGUGUACCGCUAAAGAGCGAGCAGUUAAUGCGGAAGCACCAAGAACUGAUGGCAAGUGGAGGCAGUGCCAGAGGGAGCACACUUUCGCGGGGUCCUCGGACCAAGAGGAAUCUCAAGCUGCCGCCGGGAAGUCCAGGUAUUCCCGAACUGGCAGUGGUCAGUGAGGAGGUCAAGACCCCCAAGGAACCAGCUAAGCAACCAAAGUUAAGCCCCACAGAGCCACUGCCCGAUGAGCAUCAAGAAGCUAAUGCUGAGAAGCUGCGAGAUGAGCUGAACUUUGUUGCAGGCGAGACAGAAGAGGAGGAGGAUCAGCGUCAAAAGCAAAGGAAGCACAAGUAUGCCACAAUCUAUGAGAAACUGCGGUUUACCUUUGCCAAGGGCAAGAAGUCAGCUAGUCCCUCACCCACGAAAGGAAGAUCAAAGGAGGAGGUGUCCCUGGAAGAGGAAGAUGUUUCUAAAGAGGAAGCUGUCAGGGAGGAACUUCCCAAAGAAAGAUCACUCAAAGAAGAAGCUCCAAGAGAAACAGAGCUAAGGUUAAACAUACCCAAGGAAGAGGUUCCAAAGAACGAGGAAAUUCCCAAGGAUGAACCUCCCAAUGAGGCCAUUCCAAGUACCCUAGAGGACCCCUCACCUGUUCUUCCCCUGCCCCCCUGCAUUGAUGCCGAUUCCAAAAUUCUGGACGCCCUCGAGGCUGUGGACGAUAAGCUUAAGGUGCUCAAUCCCCCAAGUGAUGUGUCCGCCCAGGAUGGCGAACUCCUACUAGGAGCCAACAAUGACUUCGAGCAGCGCAUCCUGCCCAACAAUUCCUUCGUCUAUCAGGCGGCUAACAAGCAGAUCUCCAACAAUCAGAUCCUGCUUAACCAGGCAGUGAAUGUCACCCUGGUCAAUGCCAUCGAGGGCGAGCAGAUGAUCAUGGAGCAGAAGCAGCUGAUGAAGGACAAGGCAGCGGGGCUCAAGGGGGAGCAGAAGAAAGAGGAGCUGCCGGAACCCGAAUCCAUCUACGAACCCAUCACACCCAUUGGCAGUGAAACCAAGACUGAAAUCCUGACCUCCAGCCUCUUCAAGAUAGUCGCUCAAAAGUCGGAGAUUGUGGAGGACAUAUACCAAACCGUGGAGGAGACAACCAAAACCAAAACCACUGCCAAGCCCAAGCUGAACAUCUGGCUGGAGGGCUACGAGUCUAUUGCCGGCUCCCAGGAGUCAUCUCCUCUAGCCUUUGAUGGCUACGAGUGCAUUGGCCAGGAGGAGAUGGCCAGUACGCCCAUAAUCCUAGGAACUGGCACCUUGGGCCGCAAUACUCGCGAUGAGCUCCCAGAGCUUCCCAUGAGAGUGCUGCCAAAAUCAGCGACGCCUCUGCGACCCGCUCCUCCCAAGCCGGGGGCCAAGGAAUCCGAGGAGGAUGAGAACAUCUACGACACCAUCAAGGGCUGCUACGAGUCCAUGCACUGCAAGACCUCCUCCUCGUCCUCAUCCAGUGGCGGAGCUACCAUCACCACAGAUGCCAUUUCCCUGGGCUCCAAUUGCUACGAGAGCAUCGCGCAUUUCCGCAAGGCUAAGAUGGCCACGGGACAGAACCAGGGAUCCGCGGGCAGCUGCAUCCAACUUUCGAGCAGUGGCUCUACUCUAACCAUCUCCUCGGACCACAAGACCAACAGCCUGUACGAGUCCUCGCUGGCGGCCAACGGUUGCGUGGUCUAUGGGAGUGCCAGUGUGGGUUGCCGUUCCUCUGUGGGCAGCAGUGCCGGAAGUCGGGACAGCGGCAAGCCAGGCGAUAAGAGAUCCUCCAUAGCGGGCUCGAGCGACAACAGCGAUGCCUGGGUGGACAUUUCGGACGGCGAGCAUGGACAUACGAGGGUGGAGCUGGCCACCGAGGCUCAGUUUAUUGUUGUUCGGGAACGGUUUAAGCCGCAUCGCACACGCAGCCCAGAUUGGUCGAAACGCAUCAGAGACAAAAGACUGCAGAAGAAGGCGAUAAGCUGCAUUGAGGACGACUCCGAUCACUACUACGAGACGCUGUCGCCCCUUGGGAACAAACGCCAUUCGACGCAGUUGCUGCGUCCUAACCAGGAAGUGGUUCGAACCAGCGGAAUCCGUGCAUCGCAGCGCCGCUCCAAGAAUCACUCCGCCUCCGCGCUUGCCCUGGGCGAGCAUGUGGUCAUCUCAGAUGACUACGACUCCUUUGAGACGGACAGCGAUGAUCCAGGCGAGGGAGAGCCGGAUCAGCAACAGCGAAAUCACAACGACAGCGGUGUGGAUAUGCGCAACCAUCGCCUGCCAAAGCCCCCUCCUGCCCAAAACCAAGUGUACGAGUUUGUACGCAAGUUCCGGGACUUUAUCUCCAGCAAGAAAUCGCCAAAGGGCAGCCAGCAAAAGCUGUACGAGAACACAACUGCGGCCACGCAGUUCUACGUGGAAAGUGGCAAGCGGCCAGCGGAGGUAAGGGAGUACGAGAACACAGAGUACGGACCGGAAAGGAAUACCACGACCACGAACCCGCACCAAGAGCUGCCGCCAGUGAUGAGAGCCAAGCAGAAGAACGGCAAGAGUCUGCGUUCCCGUAUUCGCAAGAGCUUGGUUGGAUCCAGCUUCGACACCAAGCACCUGGACUCACUAGCGGAAACACGAAGCACUUUUUAUGUGGAGGACCCCGAGGGAUUGCUGCCGACCUUGCAGUUGCCCUCCCCCGAGAUCCAUGGGUCUGGGGAACUGGAUUCUGGUUUCUGUGAGAAGGCCUGCACACCCACAGCCGAGUCGCAAAAGUUUUCCACAGUAGCCCGCAAAGCCAAGAAGGAGGCGAAGGCCACCAGGCGUCGCACCACCAUAGGACUGCGUCCCCAUGAUCCACCGCCCCCACCUCCGCCACCAAUUGGAGGCAGUAAGACACCCACAGAUACGGAGCUGCGAGAGCAGGAGCCUGGACAGACCACCUCAUGGUAUGCUGAGUGUGGGGUCUUCAAGCAGGCCAGUAAUUCGCUCAAUUCUCCGCGGGGCGACGAGCCAGUCACACCCACACCCAGUGCCGGAGGCAUUAGCUCCUGGUACGCAGAGUCGGGUCUUUACCAAACCAGCGGUAUAUCCGUGGCCAGCUCCAGCGGCAGCUCCGGCGUCUCCACAGGCAACGAGGCUGGUCUGGGCGACGAACUGAACCCGGAGCCGCACAGCCUGUUCUCCAACGAGCCCCUCUAUCAGAUGUACAGCGCCGCCAAGCUGGAGUCCAUCACACGUGACCUGGAGGCGCACGAGGGCUCUGCGGAUGGCUAUGAGGAGAUUGGCCAACAUGCCAAGCAGAAGACGGAGCCGCUGGCGAAGCCGCGACCCACCGCCUUGCAGCUGGUGGAGCCCAAAAACGGACCUUCCCGCACUCUGUGGAGCGAGAUCCCCGAGGUCAUUCAAUCCUGCAUUCUGCCCACCUUGACCAGCCGGGAGCGCAGUCUGCAGGAGGCCAAGUUCGAGAUCAUCACCUCGGAGGCCAGCUACCUAAAGUCACUGAACCUGCUGCGCCGCCACUUUAUGAACCACAGCGCCUUCGUGGAUACUUCCGUGCUGAGUGGGCGGGAUCGGAAGGCGCUCUUCUCCUACAUUGUGCCCGUGCACGAGUGCUCGGAGCGACUGCUUACCGAGCUGGAGGCCUGCUGGCAGGACAACAUUAUGCUCCUGGGGCUAAGCCGCUGCAUCUACGAGAUUGCCGAGCGGCAUUUUCACGUAUACGUGGCCUUCUGUGAGCAUCAGGGAAGGAUGGAUAGGACGCUCCGUCGCCUGAAAGAGUCCAAGGAGUCGAGUGCCUUCCAACAGCACUUGGAGCGGCUGGAGCAGAGUCCCAGCUGUUGCGGCCUCAACCUGCACUCGUUCUUGAUGCUGCCCAUGCAGCGCAUUACCCGGCUGCCGCUCCUCAUCGAUGCGGUGUUCAGCAAAGAGUCGCCGCUGAACCGCGAGGAGUACGAAAGCUGGAAGCUGACGCUGGCCCUGGUCCAGAAAAUAGUGGCACAGUGCAAUGAGGCGGCCAAUCGCUGGGAGCAGGCCUACGAGCUGGAGAGAAUCGCCCGCCAGCUGGAAUUCCCCUCGCACAUCCGUGCUCUUGCCAUUGCUCCGAUGGGCGUGCCGCGGGCGGGUGCCAAGCCACGCUUCCUGGUCAAGCGGGGUGAACUCACCCAUUUGAUUUGGCGCGGCGAGGACGCCAAGCUGACCUUUGGCAAGCGCCUGACCAAGGCUAGUAUCUACGCCUUUCUCUUCUCGGAUCUGCUGGUGCUCUGCAAGCGGCGUGGCGAGUCAUACUUCACAGUCUUUGACUAUUGCCCGCGGAGCAUGCUGACCCUGGCCGCUGGCGACACGCUGCCCACCAAGGACCUCAAGGAUCAGGCCGGCAAGAACCUCAUUCUGAUGACGCUGCUGGAGAACUGCGAACGCAAGACUGUCGAGCUGCUGCUGUCCUGCCCAUCGGUGUCCGACCAGCAGCGCUGGCUGCAGGCCAUGCGACCGCCCGAGGCGGAGACACCCGGCGAGAAGCUCUACGAGUCCUGGGACUGUCCUCAGGUGGUGGCAAAGCACAGCUACGAGUCCGACGAGCCGGAUGUCCUUCAGCUGGAGCUGGGCGAUGUCGUCAACGUUUCCCGCAAGCUGCCUGAUGGCUGGUACCAGGGUGAAAGGAUUCGUGAUGGCGCCGUCGGCUGGUUCCCAGGAAGCUACACCGAGGAGCUGAACUCGGCGCACGUCCGCGCCCGCAACCUUAAGCAGCGGCACCGCCUGCUCACCUUCACGGCCACUUAUCUGGAGGCGCAGAAGAGCAAGUGACCUGGCCAGAGGCCAAGGACCAGUCUUGAGCUGAGCAGGCGAGCAACGCCAACCAUAUAUAGUCCGAAAACCAACUCUAAGUGAACUACCAUAUACCAUUAUAUAUAUAUACACUUUAGGAAAUGUGAUAAUUAUUUAAUUCGAUGUCGAAGCUGAUGAAACGGGAAUCUUAACAAUUCUUCCCCUAGCGACUAAGCCAUAGCGAGUAGUUGUAUUUAUGUAUAAUUGUGUGUUGAUACGUAAGUGAAUUCUCGAUAAACAAAUAAAAAACUAAAGGAAAGAAAUAAAAGAUCACCAAGUGUGGAAAUAUUAUUAAAUUA